AUGUCCGGAUCGACGCAGCCCGUGACGCAGAGCUGGCGAGCGGCCGAGCCGCGCUAUGCCCCGCACGCCAUGUCCUACCCGGUGCAGAUCGCUCGACCGCACGCGGACGUGGCGCUGUUGGAGUACCAGCACCAUCCCAGGGAUUUCGCCUCCCACCUCCCGCCGGGCUCCAUCAUGCAGCCGCAGCGCCGCAGGCCCUCCCUGCUCUCCGAGUUCCAGCCGGGCAACGAAAGAUCUCAAAGCAAGGCUGUCUAUGCGUGUGGUAUUUGA